UUGCUCGGGUCUAUAAAGAUGGCGUCCUUUGAGCAGGCGGAGCCGCGACAGUCAGACUCUCCUCCCGGGAGGGAGGAUGCUGCCCCAAGGGAACAGCUGAUUGCCACUGCAGUGAAAUUUUUACAGAACCAAAGAGUUCGCCAGAGUCCAUUAGCAACAAGAAAAUCCUUCCUAAAGAAAAAAGGUCUAACAGAUGAAGAAGUUGAAAUAGCUUUACAGCAGUCGAACACUGCUACCGAUGAAGUAUUUGGGGCUGUCUCCCAACAGCACUUGGUGCAACCUUCACAACUUGCUGUGCCAAACGGUCCUCCUAGUUCCAGGUGGCGGGAAUAUGGCGCCUUGGCAAUCAUCAUGGCUGGGAUUGCAUUUGGCUUUCACCAACUAUACAAGAGAUACAUUCUGCCUCUUCUAGUGGCCAGCAAAGAAGAUAAGAAGCAUCUUCAGAGGAUUGAGUCUGGUGUUACUGAGCUGAGUGGGACCAUAACACAGACAGUGACACAACUGCAAACAAAUUUGACCACAGUGCAGGAGCUUCUGGAACAGCAGCAGGAGAGAUUGCAAGAGCUGUCGCAAGAGCUUACUGGUACCAAGGUUGCUUCUUCAACAAAUUGGCUUCUGGAGACUCAGAAUGUGAAUGAAUUGAAAGCUGAGAUCACCUCAUUGAAAGGGCUUCUCCUAAGCAGGCGACAGUUCCCAUCUUCACCUUCCGCUCCAAAGAUACCUGCUUGGCAGAUACCUGUCAAGCCAUCGACAAUAGCCACAUCAGUCAUGGCCAAUCACAACAACAGCAGUAGUGACAUCUCACCGGUCAGUAUUGAAUCUGCUUCGUCGUCUCCAGCCACAGAGAACCAUAGCCCUGAAGGGGGCAGUCUCAGUGGCCAUGUCAUUAACAGCAGCAAUGUUGACGUUAAAUCCCAGGUGAGGAUGGAAGUCCAAGGCGAAGAAGAUAAAAAACAGGAGAAUGAAGAUGAGGAUGAAGAUGAUGAUGUCAGUCAUGUGGAUGAGGAGGAUUGUCUGAAUGUACAGACAGAGGAUAGACGGGGUGGGGAUGGACAGAUAAAUGAGCAAGUGGAUAAACUACGCCGUCCAGAAGGUGCUAGUAAUGAAAAUGACAUUGACUAAUUCAUAAAUGUGAUUGACCUCCACAAACAAAGAGUCCUUAAUUCCAUUAAUUGACUGUAAAUAUUUGCUUAUUGCAUCCCGAGUGUUGGAUUUUUGCAAUCCAGCAAAUUACGCUGCAGCACAUGUAAACUCUAGGUGAAUAUGUGGCUACUUACACCCAGGUACGUUUUGGUGUGACAUCAUGCAAAGAGUAAAUUGCCUUGUGGGAGAAGAAGUCAAGAUGCUCACUGUAAUCGACCUGGUCAAGGAUUAAAGACUCUGUAAAUCCCAAACCAUGCUUGUGAUGUGUUCUGUCAGCACUCGGUCAUCUAUCAGUGUGACCCAGAAUCAACCAAUUAAUCAAUUGGGGAUCAGUCCCACCUUUUGUGUGAAGAAGUAGUGGCAGAAGCAACAUUUUCCUGGGUGUCAGCUACGAGAGGCAUCUCGAAGACCCGGUGCAGUUGAAGCCUUCUGAGGAUGUGACUUGGAAAAAUAAAUUUGUGUUUGAACAAUUAGUGUACAAUAAGAGUGAAUGGAAAUGGUGCAUUGAAGUUUUAUGUUUGCAUCAGAACAUCUUUGCAUUUGGGUUCAACUCUAAUUGCAGUACAUGUAAUCUCAGAGUGGGAUAGAACUGAAGAAUGGGACUGUAAUAAAGUUGAUUGUCUUUCAUUGGGCAAAAUGGUUUUCAAGCUACCUUAUAAUUUGAGUUCAGAAAACCUUGACGGUUAUUUGAAUAAUCUGAAUGUUAGGAGGAGCAGCAAUGUCACAUUGAGUGUCACCGUGCUGGACAGUAAAACCUUCAUGGCAAAUCCUGGAUUCAGAAAAUGUCUCUGUUAGCUCUUAGAGGAAUUCCAUGAAAUGAAUCUAUUUAAUUUCAUUUCUAGGUAGCAGUAUAGUUUUAACUUGUGACUCGAGUGACAGUUAGAUAUGAUAUAAUCAUCAGGCAUUGCCCCCCUUCUUCGAAUGCAGUUCCUAAUUAAUUUAGAGUCUUUCAGCAGUCCAGUUGGAAAGAUGCUGGUAUCUCAUGUGCUUUGUGUGAGGCUGGGGUUUGCUUGGAAAAGCAAUAUCACCCUUAUCACACUUUAAGCACCUUUGCUUUAAUUUGUUUUGUCUUGACAAAAAAGUUUUUAACGUAAGAGGCAAAAGAAUGGUGAUAGUGGUGGAGAAUGAGGUCAUGUUUGUCAGAGAUGCAUUUGUGAUGUUUAAAUUAAACUCUAUAGCAAAGCACAUGGAGUGGUUUGAUACAUAUAUUCAUUACUAAUGAAAUACAGUUUACGAUGGGGGCAGCCUUUCUAUCUUUAGUUAUUUAAUAUACAGUACUAGGGUGGAAUAGAACCAUGUCGUGGAUAUUUGGGACAAGAAUGAGGGGGUUAUAAAUAAAAAUAAAUUGAAUACGUCGUUUUUGUAAUUUGCAAACCUUAAUUUUGCCAUCUUUUUAUAAUUUACCCACCCCCACUGCUCCACACAGCUUCCCUGGUCCAAAUAACAUUGUGAUGCCUUUCAAGCAGGAAGGUGUUUAUUUUCAAACAUUGUGAGCCACCAUAUUUUGCCUGGAGUUCUGUGAUUGCUGAGUAAUUAUUUCAGUGGUAAUUAUUUUAAUCAAACAUUCAAAUUAUACAGUUUUGCAUUUGUGUUGAAGUUACAUCACCGGUAAAUUUGAUGAUGAAAACAUCCCUGACCUUUCUGAUGGGAGGAAUUCCUAUUUGUUUACUUACCUAACACAGGCUCAGAUGGUCUAUUGACAUUAGAUUAAAUACCGUGACGAACAUUAAAAAUAAACUUCCAGAUCAAGGCAGUGAAUAAUAAAACGUGGUUUAUGACUGAUCUGGAGGUGUAGCUGUGUUUUCCAGUGUUGUUUUGGUAAAGCGCAGUGAAACAACGUCAUGAGGAUAAGUGAUUUAGAUGGGCUGGUGAUUUAGUACCAUUCAACUACACUCAGAAACCAACACUUCCAACUUAGUGUUCCAAACUACAGAUGGCCGGCAGUAAUUUGGAUUGUACGUGACUUCUAGGAAUUUGGGACAUAUGUUGCACACAAUAAAUGAUUUGCCUGGAGCCCAAAAAAUUGACAGAAGUUCAGCGUAUCGAAUUUAACCAUAGGCGAUUUGAUUCCAUUAAACUGCAAUGCCAGGUGUAUUAAGAUCCUCCGAAAACUAGAUUUUCUUUUGGCAAUGGGAAGGGGCUGUUGUGUGGAUGUUAUAGCACAAAAUAAGCUCAUUCAGCCUAAUCUGUUGCUGGUGUUCAUGGUCUACGUAACUUUUUUCUCAAUAUUCUUCAUUCCAUCCUCAGGCCCAGCAGAUCCACCCUUUGGUCUUGACCUCAGUUUCUUUACUAUUCCAUUGUUUCUUCUUUGCCAUAAAACUCAUUAAUAUUUGGUCCACCAUUUUUCUGUUUUACAGAACAUUUGACUUGGCUCCUUGAUGCCAUCGCCCUGGACCAUAAUGAAUGGUUUCCCUGAAUUGACCUUGCUUCUUCUUUUCCAAAAAAAUGUCAAGCCUAAAUUACUUUUAGCUUUCUGAUGACCUGCUCCAAAUCAAUACUUUUAAUCAGCCUGUUCCGACAUGUUACAACACUCUCUGGGGCAAGUGGGAUUUGAAUCUUGGGUCUUCUUUAUUGGAACCACAGCCUGGUGGGUGUGUCAGCUUUGAGUUAAUUCUCAUUUCUGAUCAGGCAGUCAUGUGUUCAUGUGUCAAACCAGAGUUUUGAGUACAUCAGUUGGCACAGAUGCAGUACUUGGAGAGUGCUGCACUGUUGAAGGUGCCAUUUUUUGAAGAGAAUAUUUACCCGAGACCUUUUUUUUAAGAUUACUUAGUGUGGAAACAGGCCCAACAAGUCCACACCGACCUGCCGAAGGCCCAUUCCCCUACAUUUAUCCCUUCACCUAACAAUACGGGCAAUUUAGCAUGGCCAAUUCACCUCACCUGCACAUUUUUAUUUUGGACUGUGGGAGGAAACUGGAGCACCUGGAGUAAACCCAUGCGGGCUCUGGGAGAAUGUGCAACCUCCAUACAGUCAGUCCCUGAGAUGGGAAUUGAACCUGGGUCUCUGGCGCUGUGAGACAGCAGUGCUCACCACUGUGCUACCCAACUGUGCCAUCUUGUAACUGUAAAGGAGACCCUCACAUUGUUCAGUGUUGUGCCAACACCCUGACCAAUGUUUAUCCGUCAAGAAAUAUCAAUAUCAUUGUCUUACCACUAUUGCAAUCUUGUGUGGAGAUUGUGUUUCUUAUAUUCUGGCAGUAACUAUGUUUUAAAUUUUUUUUCAAAUAUUCUUGUAUAGGAUUUGGGCAUCAAUGGCAAGACCAAUAUUUGAUGUCUAUUCCUAGUUUCCCUUGAAACCAAUUAGCUUUCUAGGAUAUUUUAGAGGUCAAUUAAGAGUCUACCACAUUGUUGCAGAUCUGCUGUUGUCUGGAGGCUAGAUCAGGUCAGGACAAUAAGUUUCCUUCCUAAAGAACAGUAGUGAACAAAAUGGGGUUUUAGGACAAUCAAAGAUGUAACAUGGUCACCAUUAAACUAAGUUUUAAUUCCAGGUUUUAAAUUCACCAUCUGCCAUGGUGAGAUUUGAACACUUGUUCCUGGCACAUUAAUCUAAUCUGGGCAUCUGGAUUACUAGUCCAGUGACAUCACAUCUUUAAUUGAUUUUAAAGUCUAUUGAGAAAUCUUAGGAUCAUGAAGAUGUUUCUUUCUUCAACAUUGUCCUCCCAACAAAUUUUUGUUCAUGGGCAAAUGGUAGACCAGACUGGGAUUAGAAUGGUGUGACUAUACGUGUGUCACAUGUGGAAUUGUGUGUGAAAGAGCUAACAUUUGAUAAUAUCAAAUCUAAAGGAUACAGCAGUGUGUGAAUUGCUUGAAAGGGAAUUGAAAGCUAAGCUUUGAGCUUGCAGCAAUUGCAGUACCUUUAGGCCCCAAAAAAGGCCUUUUGAUAUUAAUGGUGCUAAAUGUGAGGAGAAAAGACCUGGAAUUGUAGCAGGAAUGCAUAGUCAGUUGGGUUAGAUGACCCUACCAGUUGGUACCUUUGCCAUUCAUCUGACAUGGGUAAUCUACAAAAAGGAAAUGCACUGUUCAGACUAGGGGACUUCGUACACAGCUCCUGGGCAUCUGCUGUAAUGGUAUAAGAAGGUACCAUCAAGGCCCUUUGAAUUAGUCUUAAAUUACUGAAUGGUGUUGCCUUAAAGGCAGCCCCAGUAUCCAUGUGAAUUUUCAGGAAGUGGUGAGCAAUCUGAUAAUCGUUAUUCCCUUAUUAAAAUUGAGCUUCCAUGUAUUUGCCUACACAUAGAUACUUUUAAGUAUGUAAGUUAGCUGGCUGAGCUGGAAGGAUUGUUUUCAGAUGUUUUGUCACCAUACUUAUCAUCAACCUGAGCUACAAAUCUUGUCAAAAAUUGCUAACAUUGAUACCUUUUUGGCCCAACAUGCCCACUCAUUGGGGAAUGUCAGUUUGAGUUGGUGGCAGAGAAAAUCAAAAGUUUAUCGUCUUUACACAGUUGGACCCUGAUUAAAGGCUGCUUUCAGUCAGAAUACUUGCAUAUAUAAACACCUCAGACAUGACUAUCUUAUUGUUUUAAGGGAUGUGGACUGGGCCAGCCUUGUUGCCCAUCCCUAAUUGUCCUUGAACUGAAUGGAUUGCUUCACUUCAGUCACUUCAGAGGGUAGGUAAGAGUAAAUCACAUUGCUGUGAGUCAGGAGUCACAUGGAUUACUAGCUCAGUGACAUUGCCUCUAUGCCAAAAUCUCCCACAAUAUGGACACAUUUCUGUCACCAUUAAUAAAGAACAAAGAAAAUUUACAGCCCAGAAGCAGGCCCUUCGGCCCUCCAAGCCUGAGCCAAUCAAAAUGUAAUGUCUAAACCUGUCGGUCAAGUCCGAAGCAUCUGUAUCCCUCUACUCCCCACCUAUUCAUGCAUUUAUUCAGACACAUCUUAAAUGAAUGUACCGUGCCUGCCUCUACCACCUCUGCUGGCAACGUGUUCCAAAUACCCACCACCCUCUGUGUGAAGUACUUGCCACGUGUAUCCCCCUUAAACUUUCUACCUCUCGCUUUGAAAGCGCGACCUCUUGUUACUGAAUCCUUCACCCUGGGAAAAAGCUUGUCUCUAUCCACCCUGUCCAAACCUUUCAUGAUUUUGUAAACCCCCUCAAUCUCCUUUUUCUCGAAUGAAAAUAGACCUAACCUACUCAACUUUUCUUCAUAGCUAGCACCUUCCAUACCAGGCAACACCCUCGUAAACCUUCUCUACACCCUCUCCAAAGCGUCCACAUCCUUUUGGUAAUGUGGUGACUGUACACAGUAUUCUAAAUGCAGCCUAAUCUCUAAGCUCAGUUCAUUAUAUUAACUAUAAAAAGAAUCUAGGACAAAUAAGUAGCUGAAACAAAGGAAGUGAGGGUCUGGUUCGGAUAAUGUCUGGAUAUAGAGGUAUGAGAAGUCUUAAAUAUAUGCAUAAUCCAAAGUACAUUGUUCACUCACAUUGCUCCAACUAACUAAAGUCAUUUAAAAAGAAUGUUUACAAUUUGACUUUCAUUUCUGUUACAGGAGAACUGAAAUAUUAUCUCUGAAUCUUUUAACAUUCAAAGAUCUGCGUAUUGCACAAUAGCUUGUCUCUUCUGAGUUUGAUUUUGCUGCCAAUCAAGUUUCUGGAGCCAGGUUAAAACUGAAUAUAGAAACAUAGAAUAUAGGAGCAAGAGUAGGCCAUUUAACCCUUCAGUAUGAUCAUGGCAGAACCUGUGUAGCAAGUAUAGUGGGCAAACUAUUUCAGUAUUGCGUGGUUUCCUUUCAAUUUUUGUAUCGCUGAGGAACUUGAGCAAACGAUGGCAAUUGUUGGUGAGUCAGCAAGCGACAGGUUGUCAAAUGAUUGUUUUCUGUGCUGUUUGAUGACCAGGUUAACAAAUACUGGGGGAUUAGUAACUGGUACACCAGUAGCAAUUAGGUGGAAUUGUGUGUGGCUUCAGAAAGACUAUAGUGUAGGAGGAAGAGAAAGGCUUUCUCGCGAAAGAAAUUAUUUGAAUAAAUGUAUGUAACAAAUCAAACUGUAAAGAUACGAGCAAAAAGAAUAUGUACGGUUACUUACUUGCAAUUUAGAGGGAAGAAAUGCUACAGUUGCAGUGACAAUUGUAAUAUUAAAAUGUCCACAAGAAGGGUCAAUAUUGAGAAACAGGAUUGAGCGCAACGGUUCAGAAAUGAUAUCAUAAAACCAUGGUUUUCUUGCACUGUCUAGUUGUGUGAGAGAAAAAUAAAGGAUCUUUCUCAGAAAUCGAGAACGCUUUUCAGUCUUGGAUAAAUAGGUUUAUGGAGAGUUGAGCUGUUGAGAGAAAUAGCUUGUAUUAAUAUUGGAUAAGAUUUAGGAACUCAAAUUAAGAUCAGGGUGAAUCUACAGAGAACGAUGUGGAUCCAUCUAAAAGAAGAUUGUUGAAGUUGCUAGAACUCUAAUGAAACUUCAGCAAGGGCUUUCAUGGAUCUAAAUGAAACAGGUCAAGAGCAGCGUGUGUCUAGAGAUCAGUGAGUUAAAAACGGAGGAUCAGUUUUAGCACACGAAUUGUGUGGAAGCUGGAUAGUCAUGAUAUCAUGCAUCUCUGUAAUGUUAGCAGUGUUUAGAAGUACCAGAUCCUAUCAAAAGGUUUGGAGAUGGCUAUGACAAUGGCAGAUGAACCAUAAAAUAAUUCGAGAGAGCAGUUCUGGAGGUGUGGAAACAAUCAAAAUGAUAAAUCAUUGGAAUAGCUAUGCCAAUUCAAACUAAAGUGGCAUUUGCAGACUGGGCAAAUCUAUGGUUUCUACAUCACUUUCAUAAUGGUCAAUAUUUAAUUUACUUUAAGCUGUGCAAAGCAGAAAAGAUAUGGUCAGUGAUUAACCAAUUAUCCGAUAGUAUGUGGGUGUUUUAUUCCAAAAUGUAGCUGCAAGAGAAUUCUUAAAUAGUUUUAUGUCAAGGGAGAUGAUCUCUACUUUUGGUUAUUAAGAUAAAGAUAUUUGCUAGUUGAAGUACUGAAACAAGGAAAUAAAUACAGCCAUAUAUGCUAUCUGCUGCUCUUGAUGCAUACCCAGGUUUCAUCAAUCUUACUAUUCACAUUAACUAACAUUUGCCUAUCAAUAUUUGAAGUACAGUUUGCACUGUCUGAAAUAACACCAAAGCUUAUGGCUUUCAUUACUUGCAAUGUUGUAAAUGAACUGUUUGAUAUCUGCACUGUACUGCCAUUGUUCAGAGCACUCUUGGGUUUUCCAGUAUGAAUGGGACUUCCUUCCUUCUUCCAUUUUAGACCGUUGUUGACAGUGAUCUAGAGACUUCACCGUUAAUUGUAACAAGCUGAACUACAAAAUCAACUUGUCCACAUUGACUUAGAAACAACCUUGUUGAGUUUCUGACUUUUUUGUUCGUGUGUGGCAAGCCAGGUUUUACAAUCACUCUCCAGAAAUUAAAAUCAAAGUUGACGCUCUGAGGUGUUAUCUUUUUAAUGUUGCCACUGUUUUAACCACUGCUAAUCACUUAGGGUGUUUAUGCCAGCUACCAAACAAUUCGUACCUUAUUCUCACCCACAAUGUUAAAGCUGCGACUGUAGAUUUUAGUGUUACAACUGUACUUUGGGGUGACUGUUCAGGCAUGACACAUAGUGAGUAUGGGACAAGUGGAGAGUGAAGUGGUUUUGAUUCAAUAGGAAUGUUGAUUGAUCCUGACACUGCCUCAGAUGUUUGGGCAUUGUUCCAUACAGCUGAUUGUACCCGAAUGUAUUGAUCAUAUCACAAUAAAACUG